GACAGCGGCCCGCCACGGGCUGCCGCAACUGCCUGCCGUGUCGCCGCAUCCAGGGACCGCCGGGCGGCGGAGAGCAGCUUAUGAAACAUGGAGGCCGGCUCAGUGGUUCGAGCCAUCUUUGACUUCUGCCCUAGUGUCUCAGAAGAACUGCCCCUCUUUGUGGGAGAUAUUAUUGAGGUGUUGGCAGUGGUGGAUGAAUUUUGGCUUCUAGGAAAGAAAGAGGAUGUUACAGGACAGUUCCCCAGUAGCUUUGUGGAAAUUGUGACCAUUCCCAGUCUAAAAGAGGGAGAGAGACUGUUUGUCUGUGUCUGUGAAUUUACAUCCCAGGAACCCAACAGUCUUCCCCUCCAUCGAGGUGACCUUGUGAUUCUCGAUGGCGCUCCCACUGCUGGCUGGCUGCAGGGCCGAAGCUGCUGGGGUGCCCGGGGCUUCUUCCCCUCCUCAUGUGUUCGGGAGCUCUGCCUCUCUUCACAAAGCCGGCAGUGGCACUCACAGAGCACCCUGCUCCAGAUUCCUGACUAUUCCAUGGGACAAGCCCGGGCACUGAUGGGACUGUCCGCCCAGCUGGAUGAGGAGCUGGACUUCAGAGAAGGGGACGUGAUUACCAUCAUCGGAGUUCCUGAGCCAGGCUGGUUUGAAGGGGAACUAGAGGGUCGAAGAGGCAUUUUCCCAGAAGGUUUUGUAGAGCUUUUGGGGCCCUUGAGGACUGUGGAUGAGUCGCUAAGUUCUGGAGAUCGCAGUGACUGCAUUAUUAAUGGUGAAGUCGAUACCCCUACAGAGGAAGAGGAGAGGGGGCCAGAAGAGGAGGACAAGCAACCAGGGGCCUACGGAAUUGCCCUCUACAGGUUCCAAGCCCUGGAGCCGAAUGAGUUGGAUUUUGAGGUGGGUGAUAAAAUCCGCAUUCUGGGGACCCUGGAAGAUGGCUGGCUGGAAGGAUCACUGAAGGGCAGAACAGGCAUCUUUCCUUACCGGUUUGUAAAGUUAUGUCCUACAACACGGGUGGAGGAAACCAUGGACCUGCCACAGGAAAGCAGCCUUACCGGGGUCCCCGAAACAUCUUUGGAAUGCUCAGAGAACGCAUUAGUAGAGGAAAAAGGAUACGAAUCUCAUGAGUAUAAAGCAGAGAAGUCCAACUGUGUUAUUUCUGAAACAUCCGCUUCUCCCCCAGAUCACCUGACCUCUGAGUAUGGAGUAAACAGAAUCUCUCAUCAGGAUGGGGACUCCUCUGGAGAACCCCAGAGAAGCCCAGGCACGGGGCACGAACAGCCUCUUGCCAAAGACUCUUCCAUGAAGGAUCCUUCCGAGGUGGUCAAUGGUGUUUCCCCCCAACCCCACAUACCUUUUCAUCCCCAAUUGCAGAAAAACCAGUAUUAUUCUAGAGCAGGAGGGAGCCACCCAAGCUCAGAGCAGUUCUCUGACCCUGUUCCUCGAGAAACAAGGACUAGAGACUAUUCCAGCCUACCUUCCAGAAGAACAUACUCCCAGCCGAAAAGCCUUACGAAGCCAGUGCCUCCUCUUCACAGCAGCCUUUCUCUUUCAGCCCCGACGGGGAUCAGACCUGGUCAGGCGAGCCCUCAGCUCCAGGGCAUGGCAAGGUGUGCUAAAAAGCACCACACACCCAAAGAAGAAAAUGCUUCUUGCUUUUGUUCUGCCUCGGAGGGAUUGGAGAUGAAGCCUGGUCUGCAAGACAAAGCACCCUCCAUGGAAGCAGUGGCACUUCCACAGGGAGAGGGCAACAUUGACCUGGACUUGAAGUUGACACAACAGCUGUUGGAGUUUGAGAAGAGCUUAUCAGGGCCUGGCACAGAGCCAGAUAAAAUUUUACGCCACUUUUCAAUCAUGGAUUUUAGCUCCGAGAAGGAUAUUGUCCGAGGUUCCUCAAAGCUCAUCACCCAACAGGAGCUGCCUGAGAGGAGAAAGGCCCUAAGGCCACCGCCACCCCGUCCCUGUACCUCAGCAUCCCCUGCUUCCCAUUUGCUGGUGGACCGGAGCCUGAAACCUGAACCACCCUUGGCAGUGCGACCCUCUCGCCCAGCUCCCCUGCCUCCCUCCGCACAGCAGAGAAUGAACGCAGCACCCCCCAAGCUCCUCACCUCUAACCAUCCUAGCUGUGAGACCCUAGAAAAGGAGGCCCCUGAGAGUACGGAAAAAACUUUGGACCAAACUUCCCCAUGUCCCUUAGUAUUGGUGAGGAUCCAGGAAAUGGAACAGGACCUGGAAAUGUAUAGCAGAGCUCAAGAAGAGCUCAACUUAAUGCUAGAGGAGAAGCUAGAAGAACCAUUAAGAGCAGAGACCCUGGAGAGGCUUGAAUUCUGUGAGAGCAACAUCGAAAGUUUGAACAUGGAACUUCAGCAACUUAGAGAAAUGACGUUCCUCUCCUCCCAGUCUUCAUCAUCUGUGUCCCCUUCUGGGUCUGUGUCCACAGAAAACCCAGGACAGAGGAUGCUGGAGAAGAGAGCCAAGGUGGUAGAGGAGCUUCAUCAGACGGAACGAGACUACAUUCGGGAUCUGGAAAUGUGUAUUGAGCGGAUCAUGGUGCCCCUGCAGCAGGCACAGAUACCCAACAUUGAUUUUGAGGGACUUUUUGGAAAUAUGCAGAUGGUGAUUAAGGUCGCAAAGCAAUUAUUGGCUGAUCUGGAAAUCAGCGAUGCUGUAGGACCUGUGUUUCUUGAUCACCGGGAUGAGCUCGAGGGAACAUACAAGGUUUACUGCCAGAAUCAUGAUGAGGCCAUCUCGCUGCUGGAAAUCUAUGAGAAGGAUGAGAAGAUCCAGAAGCAUCUUCAGGACUCCUUGGCAGAGCUGAAGAUCCUGUACACCGAAUGGGGAUGCACAAACUAUAUUAACCUGGGCUCCUUCCUCAUCAAACCAGUGCAGAGAGUAAUGCUUUACCCACUGCUGCUAAUGGAGUUGCUGAAUUCCACCCCAGAAUCCCACCCAGACAAAGUGCCUUUGACCAAUGCAGUCCUGGCCGUCAAGGAAAUCAAUGUGAACAUUAACGAAUAUAAACGUCGGAAGGACCUGGUCCUCAAGUACCGGAAGGCUGAUGAAGAUAGUCUCAUGGAGAAGAUUUCCAAGCUGAACAUCCACUCCAUCAUCAAGAAGUCCAACCGCGUUAGCAGUCACCUGAAGCACCUCACUGGCUUUGCUCCACAGAUAAAAGAUGAAGUAUUUGAAGAAACAGAAAAGAACUUUCGGAUGCAAGAAAGGCUGAUCAAAUCUUUUAUCCGAGACCUGUCUCUCUACCUCCAGCACAUCCGGGAAUCAGCAUGUGUGAAAGUGGUGGCUGCCGUCAGCAUGUGGGAUGUGUGCAUGGAGAAGGGACACAAAGACUUGGAACAGUUUGAGAAGGUGCAUCGCUACAUCAGUGACCAGCUCUUCACAAAUUUUAAGGAGAGGACGGAGCGGCUUGUCAUCGCUCCCCUAAAUCAGUUACUGAGCAUGUUUACAGGGCCCCACAAGCUGGUACAGAAGCGCUUCGAUAAGCUCCUAGACUUCUAUAACUGUACAGAGCGGGCGGAGAAGCUAAAGGACAAGAAGACGCUGGAGGAGCUGCAGUCGGCCCGGAACAACUACGAGGCCCUGAACGCCCAGCUGCUGGACGAGCUGCCCAAGUUCCACCAGCUCGCCCAGGGCCUCUUCACCAACUGCAUCCACGGCUAUGCCGAGGCCCACUGUGACUUCGUGCACCAGGCCCUGGAGCAGCUGAAGCCGCUACUCUCAUUACUGAAAGUGGCCGGCAGAGAGGGAAACCUUAUUGCCAUCUUCCAUGAAGAGCACAGCCGAGCUCUGCAGCAACUCCAGGUUUUCACCUUCUUCCCAGAGACUCUGCCAGCUACCAAGAGGCCGUUUGAGAGGAAAGCCGUGGACCGCCAGUCUGCCCGAAAGCCCCUCCUGGGCCUGCCAAGUUAUAUGCUGCAGUCAGAAGAACUCCGGGCCUCCCUUCUGGCAAGGUAUCCCCCCGAAAAACUCUUCCAAGCAGAACGGAACUUCAAUGCUGCUCAAGACUUGGAUGUCUCACUUCUGGAAGGUGAUCUGGUGGGCGUGAUCAAAAAGAAGGAUCCCAUGGGCAGUCAGAACCGCUGGCUGAUUGACAAUGGAGUCACCAAAGGUUUUGUAUACAGCUCCUUCCUGAGGCCCUACAAUGCCCGUCGCAGCCACUCAGACGUCUCUGUCGGCAGCCACUCCUCUACUGAGUCGGAGCACAGUGGUUCUUCCCCCAGGUUCCCACGGCAGAACAGCAACAGCACCUUGACCUUCAACCCCAGCAGCAUGGCUGUGUCCUUUACCUCAGGGCCUUGCCGGAAGCAGCCUCAAGAUGCAUCUUCAUUGAAGGAACUUGACCAGGGAACUCUCAGUGCCUCCUUAAACCUGGGCAGCUCAGAGAGCAGUCCUCCCAGCUGCCCUUCAGACCCACACUCCACCUCUCAGCCCAGGCCCUGGGACUCUUUCUCCCUCACACAGGUCUAUUUUGCUGUCUAUACCUUCAAGGCACGGAACCCAAAUGAACUGAGUGUGUCAGCCAAUCAGAGACUCAAGAUCCUGGAGUUUAAAGACGUCACGGGCAAUACGGAGUGGUGGUUAGCCGAAGUCAGUGGGAAGAAGGGCUAUGUUCCAUCCAAUUAUAUUCGCAAAGCUGAGUACACCUGAACCUGCUCUGCCUCCCACUCAACCUUACUGCCCUCACUUCCUUCUGCUGAGGGGUCCUGGUGGUCCACGGAGAGGGCACCUGCUCCGGACACACAGACCCUGUCCGCAUUGCUUACCCACGCCACAGUGGAGCACAAGAUAAGUCUUAUUCUCCUCAAUUGGGUUGUCAUCCUUGAUGCUCACUAGAAUUUCUAGAAUUUGAAAUGGAUCCUGGGGCUUGAACAUAAUUCACUAACCAUGAGAAGAGAGGCUAGUCCCAGGGUCAGCCUCUGGAAAUGAGAAAUUUCCAGUCAGAAGACCAGUAUCCCAUGAAUGCUGGAAGCUGUGUGAUAGCAUUAGAAGAUGUUGGUGUUGGUUGUACCAUACUGAGUUUGGCGUGGUCCCAUGCUCCACGGUCACAUGACCAGAAACCGACUUGGAUGAAGAGAAUUCUCUGGAAGCCCUUUUAGGCUGUGCCUCUGCCUGUGGCAAGGAGUUUGUUAAGACUGUAUACCAACUCUGGUGUUUCAAAGCCUCAGUGUCACAUUUACACACACAGACACACACGCCCCCACGUCUCCCCCCCACCCCCCCAGUUUCCAGAAGUCCUUAAAACACUACCAUCUGUAAUCUUUUUCUUAUUUCACUUCAUUUCCAGAUUAGUUAUGCAAAAUUCAGCUGCUUUCUUUCACCUUUUGAAAAGCGUUUAGAGUGUUCAUCUUCCUUCAACCUCCAUCUGAAAGAUUUUCUUCCCUUAGGUGCAGUCAUCUUCACCUUUCUGACAGUCGUCUCUGCUUUACACAGUCUGUGCGUGAUACUCUCUCCUACAACCCAAUAACCAGUAGGUUUUCCUAGGAGAACAGUAUCAGAGCUUCAGCCAUGCCAUUAAAAGGAUUCGCUCUGCAGUGAGCUGAUUCCAGUCCAGCCUGUGGAAGACUAGAUGCCUUUCUCCACCAUCCAAGCACUCUACUAUCUACAGAUACAGAAAACAACUCAUGUGUCUUUGAAUUAGGAUAAGCAUCUCCAAAGCAGCUUAUCCUAGACUUGGAAAUAAGGAUUUUCUGUUUCACCUCAAAUCUCCAUGCUUCAGAGACCACAGUCUAAGCCAAACAUUCUAAAGUGCCUGAUCAAAAUAGGUUCCAUGGUGUAAUGGUUGGCACUCUGGACUCUAAAGUGCCUGCUCGUACCUUUCUCUGACCUCGGGAAGAGAUUUGCUAAUCCUCCCCCAUGUGUCUGUUGGUCGGUCAGAAGGCAGCAAUGUGAGCCUCUUGUGAAUAGUGUUUAUAUUUAGAGGUGUUUAUAUUGAAGUAGUUAUUUUAUAAAUAAAAGCAUUUCUAAGGGC